GAAUAAUACUUGCAGGUCGUUAUGGUACCUCCCUUCAAAGGGGAGAAGAAGAGCAAAGUUGAUGAUUGCUAUCCGCCGUCCAGAUUUGCAGUAGAAGCAAGCAGCCCAUACUUUAUUGGUAAACACAAACUUCCGCGAAGGCGAGUCGAUGAAGCUAAGAAAUCACCAACGAAAAAGACGCUGCUUGCACAUGGAUUUGGUGGUGAUGGAUUUUGCUCAAGUACGCAACCCGAGAGCAGCAAGAAGAUAACUUGUAAGGAAGUGCAGCCUCGCACCUCAGGCGCGUCCGUGAAUGCUUGCAAUGGCCUGGCGUUUGAUUUCAGUGGAGAUCCGAAACUAAAAAGGAUCCGCGAAGUCAUUGUGUCGAUUGUCGAUUCGGAAAGGAAACGAGAUGAUGACAAAGAAUUGCACGAAGCUAUUGCGUCUACUGCAUACAGAGCUAUGGAAUUCGUCAACGGCAAUGGUAAAACUAAGAAGUGCAAAAGCUGGGAGAGAAAAGGUCUUGCUUCACUCAACGAUUUCAAAAUGGCUUCUGGAGCCCAUAUUGUGAAAGAGAUGAAACCCGUGAUAUCGAGUCAAAGUCCCAUGAAAUCUGAAGCUCUCGAGGACGUCCAUUCGGAUAACUCGCAACCUCCAAAGCGUUACCUGGGAAACAAGAAGAUUACGCCGACAUUCAGUGUCCCUCCAAUGGUCAGAAAGGGUUUGGAAAUGAUGGACGUCAACGGAGGCGCCGGAGCUCAAACAUCUACAAGUGGACUUCGGAACGAACCAACUCUCAAGCAUUUCGAUGAGAAUAUAAUCUCACUCAUCGAAUCUGAGAUCAUGUCUGUAACCUACGAGACCGGAUGGGCUGAUGUUGCCGGACUUGAAGGUGCUAAAAAAGCAUUGAGGGAAAUAGUAGUAUUGCCUUUCAAAAGACCUGACAUGUUCAAGGGAAUACGAGCUCCCCCAAAAGGAGUUUUGCUGUUUGGUCCUCCUGGUACUGGAAAAACGAUGAUUGGACGUUGUGUUGCUUCGCAGUGUAAGGCUACCUUCUUUAAUAUCUCCGCAAGCUCGUUAACGUCGAAGUGGGUAGGAGAAGGCGAAAAACUCGUUCGAGCGUUGUUUUCAGUGGCACGAUUGAAAUUGCCCAGUGUUAUUUUCAUCGACGAGGUUGAUUCGCUUCUAUCAUCGCGGUCUGAGACAGAACAUGAAUCAUCUCGACGAAUCAAAACAGAGUUCUUGGUACAACUCGAUGGUGUGGCGACAAAUUCGGAUGAAAGAUUACUGGUUCUUGCUGCAACAAAUAGGCCUCAAGAGUUGGAUGAAGCAGCACGACGGCGUUUUGUGAAGCGCCUUUACAUCGCUCUCCCUGAAGCUGAUGCAAGACUGACAAUUGUGAAGAAUCUACUAGCUGACAUGAAGCAUAACCUCGAAAGUGCAGAUUUUGAAGAAGUGGCAAAUUUGACUGAGGGCUAUUCCGGUGCUGAUAUGCGGCAGCUUUGUGCGGAAGCUGCUAUGGGACCGAUUCGCGAUAUAGAUAACUCUUCAUCAAUGGAUAUUGAGACUAUAGAGACUGAUGAGAUACGACCCAUCUCCGUAUCAGAUUUUAUAAAAGCUGCUCAAGUUGUUCGUCCGACUGUUGUAGCUGAAGACUUGGAAGCGUACAAAAUGAUAAGCGCAGGCACUCGCCCGCAAAUGCCAGUGGCGACAUUUCGCUACAGAGGAGAUCUCUGUCGUAAUGUAGAAAUACAGCGUAGAUGUAGUGCACCACCAGCGGUACCAGUGAGGCCCGUACUUCAAGAAAAUCGUCAACUACUCAGUCACUAUGACUUUGCGAAAGGAGUAUUGAAGCUAUUAGAACAACUACGUCUUGAUGCCAACAUCUGGCACGAGGUCAUCUACAAUCCUCCUCGCACAGCUGUCAACAAGGUGACGGAGAAAGAUAUUGCCAGACGACUAUCUUCGAUCUAUAAUGAUCUUGAGAAAUUAGUCAAGUCCGUCGACACUCGCAGACCAGACUCAAUCUAUCUUCGCACACUUUCAACUAUUUUUGAUGAAGCAGCUGGUUUGACAGCUGAUAGUUGCAAAGUGGAUGAAGAAAAUUAUCGCAAGUGCGUUGAACAAGCCGCUGUUUUUCAGGAGUUUGCGCAAGGUUAUUUUGACAGCAUGCAAAGACAAGAGAUUGCGCGCACGCUUCGAAAUAUGUGCUACACAGAUCCGGAUAAAUUCCGAACUAUUAGGGUUGAAAAGAUGCAUGGUGAAUUUUUGAACGCUCUCAAGAUGCUGAAAGCUAACGAAAAACGGCUGGCUCAGCUACAUAAAUGGCGGGUAUCUUGUGUGGUAGAACAGCGGUUUCUGGAGACUAUCAUAGAGGUCGAAUUUGGCCGACUCCGAGACGAAACGUUCGUAGCACAAUUAAAAGCGGCUCUCUUAGUUCGACAGGGCGAACUGGUGUCUUUGAUUCUCGGAUCACCCAAUGAAAUUCUGUGGGACAAGGGAAGUGAUGUUGGCUCACGUUACGAAGUGUUCCAAAAAAUGACCACCCUUGCUUCUUGUCGUUUAUUUUCGACCUAUUCCCACACAAAAUUGCACAGUUUCCAAACGAUCUCAAUGGUGCUUGGUUUCCUUCAGUUGUACACAUUGUCUUUUUGUUUGCCUUGUUGCGGGUGCCGCAAAGUUAUGCGUGAUUUUCUGCCUCCUAUGGUUCUCACUGAUUUCAAUCAAAUUCGUCCUAGCUUUUUCCAUGAAAAUUGUCUUGCAUGAAGGGAAGAAAUUGUAUUGUUUUCUAGUUAUGCCGGUUAUCGAAUCAUCACCUCACGUCAGAGUGAGAGCACUGAUGCAGCUGUUUUUUUUUCUCUGUAUUUUUAGUAGUCCGGUUCUUUUCGUGAACUUGUCGAAGGACCAAUAUGAAAACUUUAUUGAAUAGAAUAUUGGACCAUUUUCUUUCUUUGAAAGCCUAUAAUGAACCGUUACAUUUUUUGAGCAUGGUCUUCAUUUCACUUGCGCGUUAUGUACUAGACUUACAGAAUUACACGGAUUUUUUAGAUGUAAG